CGGUGGCCGUUGCCUGGUGGUCGCUGAUUUCAUAAUCAGCUCCGGCCAUCCCCCAACAUCCUUAGCCUGUGUCUGCAAGAGAAGCUAAGAAAAGCUCCCUAAAUGGUGAUUAAUCAUACUUGCGGUCUUGCGUUUUGCAAUAUGUCUAUAGCCUUGCAAUAUGCCUAUAGCCUUGCGGUUUGUAGCAGUUGCUUCUUUAUUGUCCUUUUUUUAGUAAAACCCGCAAGUUGCUGUUUCCCAACUUCACAGAUGCUUCCCCUAUCUCCUAACAAGCAAGCUAGUCCCUCAUACUUUAAUUUUAUUUUUCCUCCUUUAAUAUUCCAAUUCCUUUGAUGAACAAACAAGUUACCACAGUUUAUCACAUCCCGAUUGUACCCUCGAAUGCUAAACCCUCCUACCCCUACGCAGUAAAAGAAUCCUCACCCCGCCCUUCGGGGCUCUCGGAAUCUGCCUCCCUUCUGCUUCGUUGUCUCCCUGUUUGCCCCUUCUGCGACCCUUCAAUAAACGAGCAGGAUUUCAGCAGCCCGAGUGUCCCUCCCGUUCUUCUGGUGGACCCUCAGAUGUACCAGCUAUCCGAGCUUCGUGCCGAGUGCCUAAAAGCCCCCACGGCUCGGCAACUGGCUGCCCGAACAGGGACGGACACCAGCGGGUCCAGUCCUUGACCGUCUCCUGGAGAUUGCCUGCUCUGUGACCAGCCUUCUCCAGGAUUGCAAGUGGCGUUCGGGACCAGUUUCCUGGGACAGUCGCCCUUUCAGUUCGGAAGGCUUCUGUCUCCUGGGUUCUGCUGAUAACCGACGGACCUUCGAGCUGCGCGGCAGCAGCAACGCCCUCGGACCAGCAGAAGUUCCACCAGACCCCUCUUCGAUGUCCCCGUUUUAUGCCUGUGUCCUUCAGAGUCCCCCAUGAUUUAAGGUAUAUUGCUAAGGCACUGUUUGCUCCCACCGAAUGCGACCUCUGGGAGAUUCAUUGGAAAAAACUGUUGAAACCACUCCUGCGCAAGUAUGAUCUCGCAGAGGUGGUGGGAGAGGGGGAUGAGGCAAUGGAAGCCCUUGCUGGAGAAGGGGAGUUCAGCAGUCCGGAGGACCAAAUUCUACUAGCACAGGAGCUGCUUCAGGACAUAGCAGCAGCGGGAAAGGAGGCACUCCUGAAGAUACCGGAUGCGACAAGGGUACCAGCCAGCGGGAAACUGGCGGCGAAGCGCGAGGAAGGGCCGCGCGACGACACCAAGUGGCCCUUCUCAGCAUCCCAGCCUCCCGACCAUCAGGGAGGACGAGUGGCCGCGCGGCCAAGUCCAGCAGUUCAGCGCAGCCACGAGGACGGACUCCGCCUCUUCCGCCGGACAGGUACCCUAAAUCAGGGCAAUCAUCAGGUCCUCCGCAGCAGCGUCACCAUCUCUCUCCAGGAUGAGGACCUGACGAGAAUUCCUGCUGGGUUCCUGGGCCCCCUCCACGACUGUCGGGACACCACCGUGCUCAUCUUAGAAGACUCCUUCAACAUGCCAAAUGAAAUCACCAUCUUACCUGAGGGAAAGUCGGUGCAGAUGCGGCUCAUGGCAGACACAGGAGCUGACGUGACCAUCAUCCCCAGAUGGCGGAACUUGCCGCAGUCAUGA